CGGAAACCCACCAAGCCUUCUCCCCUUCUUCGUUCUAUUCACUCCGUCGCUCGGCACUCUAGGCAACGAACAAGCGGGGCAAGAACAUGGCGAUCGCGAUCUCGCAGGAGGCCUUCGAUGACAUGGUCCGGGAGAACAUGGAGGACCUCGGGAUGGACCCCGACGAGGCCCUCGCCGACGCCGUCGACGCCCUCACCCUCCAGGGCGCCAACCUCUCCGGGAUCAUCAGGCGCGUGCCUGGGGACGCCGCGGCGGAGGAGGUGAACCCGGUGAUGCGGGUGCUGGACGAACUGAAGGCCUCCUCCAGCGGCAGGUCGGGGGAGGAUCUUGACAGGCUGCUCUCUUUGCUCGACGAGUUGCUCGAGCUGUGCUCCGGCGAGGGGGCGGAGAAUGCGGCCGUGGCGGCGCGGAACGGCGGCGUGGAGGCGCUCAUCGCCCUGUGCGCUUCGGCUGGGGUUACACAGCAGAGACUGCUUGCUUCGGGCUUGAAGGCGCUGAGCUCCCUGAUCCGUGAUGUUGGGAGCACUGAAAAGUUCAGGCAAAGCCAAGGGUCCAAAAUUGUCAUGGAUAUCUUGAAAGGAGCCCUGGAAAAAUCUGAUAUACUGGAUGGUGGUUUUAGUGUUGUGGCAACGGCAUCUGCUGGCAAUGAAGUCGUGAAAGACGCCUUUAUGGACUUGAAGGUUGACGAACUCAUUCUGGAGGUUAUGAGGAACAAAUCAAAUAGUAAAGUGCAAAGCGUGUAUGAUGCCAUACGUGUUCUGUUGACACCUGAUGAUAACCGAGUGGUGGCUUCUCAAGUAUAUGGAUAUUCACGGAAAUUUGCAGAAAUUGGUGUCGCAGAAGUUCUUGUCAUCGCACUCCGUGAGCAAGUUGCUCCAUCCAGCUUACCAUCAGCUUGUGCUGCUUUGAAGGCAAUUGCUGUUAAUGAAGAAAUAUGCCGGUCCAUAUCUGAAAAUGGUGGGAUUGAUGUGCUUCUUAAGUGCAUCGAUGAGGCUGGCGUACAGAAGAACAAAGUUAUAGCAAAAUCUUGCUGCUCUUUGCUGUCUAAGCUGGCUGGAAGUGAUGCAAACAAGGCCAAUAUCAUUCAGCAAGAUGGUUUUGACAAGUUCUUGAAGUUAGCGUCCAGAUUUUCUGAAGACCCGUCAGUAAUACAGGAGGUAAUGUCUAUCGUGCAAGUCCUUACAUUGCGGUCACCAGAACAUGCAGCACGUGCAGUCGCGCUAGGCUACGGCACUCUGGCCAUACAUACAAUGCAAAAGUUCCCCUCCUCCGCGCUGACUCAGAAGCAAGCAUGCCUUAUGAUUCGCAAUCUCGUGGUCAGAAACCCUGAAAACAGGACGAUCUUGCUCAACGAAGGUGUGGAGAAGCUUAUCAGGAAAGCCAAGGCAAUACAUGGAAGCUGCAAAGCUGCCGCCACAGAUGCCCUGAGAGACCUGGGCUUGGACAACUACAAUGCGUAGAAAACCUACAUAGCCUACCGUGUGUAAAGUUUGCCUGUCUGAGGAUGUUUUAGAAGAAUGUAUGUUGUGUUCGGGUUCAUGGAACUGGGCUGCCACGGUUAUGUCUGCUUCUGGUUCCAUUUUUGUGGGAAUUUUGAAUUGUGUGGUUACAUGGUCUGGUUACGUACGUAUGUUCGAAGUUUUAACCAAUGAACAGAAAUAUUGUGACCUGCUGCAUGAACUAGUUGGAAAAAUUCACCACCUGCCGGUUACAUGUUCUGGUUUGGUACGUAUGUUCAAAUUUUAUGGUCUGGUUAGGUAUGUAUGUUCAAAUUUUAUGUACUC